AUGUCGCGGAGGCUGCUGCCCCGGGCGGAGAAGCGGCGUCGGCGGCUGGAGCAGAGGCAGCAGCCGGAGGAGCAGCGGAGGCGGUCGGGAGCGAUGGUGAAGAUGGCGGCGGCGGGCGGCGGAGGCGGCGGUGGCCGCUACUACGGCGGCGGCAGUGAGGGCGGCCGGGCCCCGAAGCGGCUCAAGACUGACAACGCCGGCGACCAACACGGAGGCGGUGGCGGCGGUGGUGGAGGAGCCGGGGCGGCGGGCGGCGGCGGCGGGGAGAACUACGAUGACCCGCACAAAACCCCUGCCUCCCCAGUUGUCCACAUCAGGGGCCUGAUUGACGGUGUGGUGGAAGCUGACCUUGUGGAGGCCUUGCAGGAGUUUGGACCCAUCAGCUAUGUGGUGGUAAUGCCUAAAAAGAGACAAGCGUUGGUGGAGUUUGAAGAUGUGUUGGGGGCUUGCAACGCUGUGAACUACGCAGCCGACAACCAAAUCUACAUUGCUGGUCACCCAGCUUUUGUUAAUUACUCUACCAGCCAGAAGAUCUCCCGUCCUGGAGACUCAGAUGACUCCCGAAGUGUCAACAGUGUGCUUCUCUUUACCAUCCUGAACCCCAUCUAUUCCAUUACCACGGAUGUUCUUUACACUAUCUGUAAUCCUUGUGGCCCUGUCCAGAGAAUUGUCAUUUUCCGGAAGAAUGGAGUCCAGGCCAUGGUGGAAUUUGAUUCUGUGCAGAGUGCCCAGCGGGCCAAGGCCUCACUCAAUGGGGCCGAUAUUUACUCUGGCUGUUGCACUCUGAAGAUUGAAUAUGCAAAGCCUACACGUUUGAACGUGUUCAAGAAUGAUCAGGAUACUUGGGACUAUACAAACCCCAACCUCAGUGGACAAGGCGACCCUGGCAGCAACCCUAACAAACGCCAAAGGCAGCCCCCUCUCCUGGGAGAUCAUCCCGCAGAAUAUGGAGGGCCCCACGGUGGGUACCACAGCCAUUACCAUGAUGAGGGCUAUGGCCCUCCCCCACCUCACUACGAAGGGAGAAGGAUGGGCCCACCAGUGGGGGGUCACCGCCGGGGCCCAAGUCGCUACGGCCCCCAGUAUGGGCACCCCCCACCCCCUCCCCCACCACCCGAGUAUGGCCCCCACGCCGACAGCCCUGUGCUCAUGGUCUAUGGCUUGGAUCAGUCUAAGAUGAACUGUGACCGAGUCUUCAAUGUUUUCUGCUUGUACGGCAAUGUGGAGAAGGUAAAAUUCAUGAAAAGUAAGCCGGGGGCCGCCAUGGUGGAGAUGGCGGAUGGCUAUGCUGUGGAUCGGGCCAUUACACACCUCAACAACAACUUCAUGUUUGGACAAAAGCUGAAAGUCUGUGUCUCUAAGCAACCUGCCAUCAUGCCUGGUCAGUCAUAUGGGCUAGAAGACGGGUCCUCCAGUUACAAAGACUUCAGUGAAUCAAGGAACAAUCGGUUCUCCACUCCGGAGCAGGCAGCCAAGAACCGCAUCCAGCACCCUAGCAACGUGCUGCAUUUCUUCAAUGCCCCUCUGGAGGUGACUGAAGAAAACUUCUUUGAGAUUUGUGAUGAGCUGGGAGUGAAGCGGCCAUCUUCUGUGAAAGUAUUCUCAGGCAAAAGUGAACGCAGCUCCUCUGGGCUGCUGGAGUGGGAAUCCAAGAGUGAUGCCCUGGAGACGCUGGGCUUCCUGAACCAUUACCAGAUGAAAAACCCAAAUGGUCCGUACCCUUACACCCUGAAACUGUGUUUCUCCACCGCUCAGCAUGCCUCGUAAUUAGGUGCCGAGGAAGAGUCCCAUCUGAGCAGGAAAACAUUUCUUUCCUUUUUUUUUUUUUUUUGCAAAAGUUUCUGUAUUUCUUUUUCUUUUUUAAAUGCUAGGUUAGUAGAGGCUUAACCAUAAUGGAAACAAUGGGGGGGGGGAGGGAAUUGAUAUUUCCCAAGAUUAAUCUUUACUUUUUAAAAAUUAUUGUACAUGUGAUUUUUUUUCCUGUUCAUACAUUUGUGCUGCCCAUGUACUCUUGGCACAUUUCAAUAAAAUUGUUUGGAAAAU